UACUAAAGAUCAGUAUCGAUGAUUCACAAAUUUCAUUGAAGAAGAGUUUUGUGCAAAAGAAAAACAAAAAACACAAAUUGGAAUUUAUUGACGAAAUAAAAUGCCUAUUCAAUACAAUACCGGAGACUGGUUCACUCUCCAUCCGGGAAUCACUUACAGGAAAUAUGAGCUGUACUCAAUGGAAUGGCCUCUGGACACCGAACUGGAACACAUGAUGGUAUGUGCAGCUCCAUACGGUGGCCCAAUGGCCAUUGUUCGUGAUCCUAAGAAACUAGCAAAGAUUACGGGUUCCGUGAAGCCAGUCGUGAGGAUAUUUACUGCGUCCGGUAUUUUGCUGGGAACCAUUACAUGGAACAGCGGCUUGUUGCUUGCUAUGGGGUGGUCGGACAAUGAAGAAUUGAUUUGUGUACAGGACGAUGGAUUGGUGUCAAUCUAUGAUAUGUUCGGAAACUAUCAACACACUUUCAGUAUGGGCCAAGAAGCGAAAGACACAAAAGUUAUUGAUGUUAGAAUAUUCAGCAGUCCUGCCGGAACGGGAGUUGCUCUAAUGACCACAAAUUUUCGUAUAUUUUUGAUCAACAGCAUCAAGGAGCCAAAGAAUCGACAACUGCCAUCAAUGCCAAAAUCAAUUGUAGAUCCAACAUGCUGGGAGACAAUAACUGAGGAACGGAACACAUUUUGCUUAGUUGCAAGGGAAAAGGAACUGCUCAAAUUGCGACAGGGCGACAGUGUGUGUUCGGUGAAAAACGUUUCGUUCGAGAAAGACUACAGCAGCAUUGUCGCAAUGUCCGUUUCAUACAAUCACGCCUACAUCGCACUCUACACAAACAAUGGGAUAGUGUGGAUGGGCACGUCUGAUUUGGAAACGAAAUUUUGCGAAUUCAAUACCGGGCGAACGGAGAGACUGCUGCAAAUUAGUUGGAUUUUAGAUUCGGAAAAUUGCCGAUCAUCCGAUGCUAUUGUCAUCACGUAUCCAUCGCUGUUGAUCGUUAUUAGUGUGGCUGGUGAUUCGAAUUUGUACAGCUACGAUCCGGCCAUUUUUCUGAUACCGGAAAUGGAUGGUGUGCGUGUGUUGACGAAUAAUUGCCAUGAAAUGAUUCAGAGAGUACCGAAAUGUGUGAACAAUAUUUUCGCAAUCAACAGUCAGGAGUCGUCCAGCUGGUUGUUCGAGGCUCAUAAAAAAUAUUUGGAGAAAAGCCACCAAUCGGACGAAUAUCUGUGUUCAAUAAAAAGCAAUUUACAGUCGGCUGUUAAUGAAUGUGUAGAAGCCGCUGGCUACGAAUACGAUUCGACAACGCAAAAGAGCCUCAUUCGGGCCGCGUACUUUGGUAAAGCUUUCAUUCCAUCCCACAAUCCGGACGAAUAUAUUCGAAUCUGUCGAAUAUUAAGAGUUUUGAAUGCAAUCCGAGACAGUCAAAUUGGUAUUCCUUUAACAAUCAAACAAUUUCAUCAUUUGAAGCCAAAUGUGAUCCUGGAUCGUCUAGUAUUCCGUAAGCAUUAUGGAUUGGCCAUUCACAUAGCUAAGCAUUUGAAAUUACCGGAAUCUAGGAUAUUGGAACACUGGGCAUUCCACAAGGUGAUUCAUGAUAAAAAUGACAGAGAAGUGGCAAAUAAAAUCGCUCUCAAAUUCCGUAAUCCAGAAGUUGAAGGCAUUUCGUUCUGUAACAUUGCCAAGAAAGCGGAAGAAGUCGGUAAACGAGAAUUGGCAAUUAUGCUUCUCGAACUGGAACCAAAGUCUAGUUUACAAGUUCCUCUUCUACUGAAAUUAGGCGAAAGUAAAAAAGCCCUGCUCAGUGCAACGCAGUCUGGCGACACGGACCUUGUGUACACGGUUCUGCUUCAGCUGAAGGAAACAUCUCAGAUGGGCGAUUUUCAGAUGAUCAUCCGAAAAAUUCCGUUGGCACAGAAUUUGUACAAGAAAUAUUGUACGAUGUACAGUAAGUCGGCGUUGCAAGAGAUAUUUAUGCAGGAGGACGACUUUUUGGCUCAAGCCGAAUUUGCAUUGCGCGAAGGAAUUGAGAAUUCGAAUGUCGCCUCAUCGCUUCCCAUCGUAUCCAAUGCUUACAAGAAGCAACACAAAGAUCUCGAAGCAGAGCUGUGCGACGACGCCCGUAAAUUACUGAAACAGCAACAAAACAUCGCCGAGAAAUACUCAUCGCAAACGACACAACUCUAUGGACUAUCGGUGCAUGACACAAUAAAGCAACUUCUAAAUAUCGGAGAUAUUAAACUGGCCGACAAAAUGAAAAGCGAAUACAAAGUGCCGGAUCGUCGGUACUGGUGGCUACGAAUCGAAGUCUACGCUGCCCACUUCCAAUGGGAUGAAUUGGACAAAUUUUCCAAAUCGAAGAAAAGUCCGAUCGGUUAUGAACCGUUCGUCGAGGUGUGCUUGAAAUAUAACAAUGUCCAGGAGGCUCGGAAGUAUUUGGCCAAAUGUAGCAGCCACAAGAAAAUCAAAUGGUUCAUUCGGGCCGGCAUGAUUGAAGAUGCUGCGUUGGCGGCGUUCGAACAAAAAGAUCUACAGAGUUUGUGGACGGUGCAUAUGAAUGCAACGAAAAUGAAUGAUCGGGCUAUGGUGGCGAAGAUAGAGAAUUUUAUAGGACAAUUAUCGGCAAAGAAAUAAUUUUCUGGCUUUUGUAAUGCUAAACGUCUGCAAACGAAAAAGAUAUUUUAUUUUAAAGUUCCAAAAGAGAUAAUAAUUUAUUCAACAAGAACAGAAAAUUUGUAUACCAAAAUAAAAGCUUU